AUGGUCCGGGGUCGCGGGGGACCGUCUUCGGCGAUGAUGGAGGCGGGGAUCCGCCACCGUCCCUGCUGCGCCACCAUGCAUCUUGAGCGCAUAAACCAUCACAGAACCUGGUUGUGUUGA